UGGAGGCAAACCCUGAAGGCUGUAUGAGUCUUUGACAGGUCCUUGAGUUUUUGGUUGCAGUAAAGAGUCUGACCAGAUCAUGUUGAUACUUGAGUGAAGAUCACCAAGUGGCUCCAUCAUUUCACUGACACCGUUCAUUGUUUCAAAAACAUCGCCAGCCUCCUGACUGUUGUGGAAGACACUGGACAUAACAUUUUAAACGUACCGUGAUUCUUUGUCCCUUCACUCACACAUUCUGACCUGCUUUCCCUCAACUUGGAUUCAGUGAGUUUGAGACUUAAGGCAUUGCAAGCCGAGCUGCAGCCUGUUGACUCAUGGCCAUUAACACUGAUGUUGAGGACUGGGGUGCAGUGGGGAGUAAUGAUUCGGGAGAGCGGGCGUGGCUCUUACAGAGCCCCAGUGUGGAUUCUGUCCAGCAUAUUGAGACGGACAGGAGGAGGAGCGGGGGCGUGUCAUCUAUGGGAGCUGUCUUCAUCGUGGUGAACGCAGCAUUGGGGGCAGGUCUACUCAAUUUCCCAGCAGCCUUCAAUAUGGCAGGAGGAGUGAUGGCAGGAGUGAUGCUUCAAAUGUUUAUGCUGAUCUUCAUCAUCAGUGGACUGGUGAUUCUGGGCUACUGCUCUCAGGUCUGUAACGAGAGCACCUAUCAGGAGGUUGUUCGAGCAACUUGCGGGAAAGUGACCGGAGUCAUAUGUGAAGUAGCUAUCGCUGUGUACACCUUUGGCACUUGCAUCGCUUUCUUUAUUGUCAUCGGAGACCAGCUGGAUCGCUUGAUAGCCGCAGUGGCUCAUGAAACAGAUGGCAUGGUCAGUGGCUACUGGUACAUGGACCGCAAAUUCACCAUUGUUGUUACUGCAGUCCUGGUUAUUCUUCCUCUCUCCAUCCCCAAAGAGAUCAGCUUUCAGAAAUACGCCAGCGCACUGAGUGUGAUGGGAACCUGGUAUGUUACCAUAGUGGUGAUUGUUAAGUACAUCUGGCCUGAUCAAGAGGUGACUCCAGGCUAUAUUCCCACCAGUUCUGCUUCCUGGACUGCAGUUUUCAAUGCAAUGCCAACCAUAUGCUUUGGUUUCCAGUGUCAUGUCAGCUGUGUUCCGGUGUUCAACAGCAUGAGCAGGAAGGAGAUCAAACCGUGGGGAGUCGUCGUCACUUUUAGCAUGAUAAUCUGCCUCUUCGUUUACACAGGAACAGGUGUCUGUGGCUUCCUGACAUUCGGCUCCAAUGUCAGCCAGGAUGUGCUGAUGUCAUACCCUCCCAAUGAUAUCGCUGUGGCCAUCGCAAGAGCUUUCAUCGUCAUCUGUGUGAUCACCUCAUACCCCAUUUUACAUUUCUGUGGCAGGGCAGUUAUCGAGGGACUGUGGCUGCGUUUCCAGGGCGAGCAGGUGGAGGUGUGUGUACGCCGUGAGCAGAGGCGGAGGAUCCUGCAGACGCUGGUGUGGUUUGUUGUCACGCUUGUCCUCGCUCUCUUCAUCCCAGAUAUCGGUCGGGUCAUCUCACUGAUUGGAGGAUUGGCAGCCUGCUUUAUUUUUGUCUUUCCAGGCUUAUGUUUGAUGCAAGCCAAACUGUCAGAGACAGACAACCGAUCUGCCAGCUGGCAUGGAUUGGUGGUCUUCGGUGUUGUCAUGGUUACAAUCGGAGCUUUCAUCUUUGGCCUCACCACGACCAAUUCCAUCUAUCAAGAUGUCGUCAGCUAAAAGGAUCAUUUCUCUCGGAGCCUCGUCGUUGUGGACAGAGUUUAGUCCUGUGCUGCUAUUAUGAACUAGUGGAGACGAUGGAGAAGCAUCUCAUGACACUCAUUUAAAUAAUCAAGACCUCUACAGCAUGUCACAUCUCCACUCCGUACUGAGUUAAAGCUCCAGAGCGCUUUCCUCAGUCAAGGAGCAGUCGAAGAAACCCCAGAAUGUCAAGUGACUCUAGACACUUUGCCUUUUUAAUUUCUGUGAAGUUUAAAUCGCAUGUUUCUAUGUUUUUUAUGUUUGUUUUAACUUGCAGUGAAAGCAGUUUUCGACAGUGUAGCCACUCCACAGGGAGCUUUUCUGCUGACCCUGUAUGUGUGAGACAUUCCUGUCCUGUUUACAAGAGCUAAGGGACUUUGUACAGAAAGGUCUUACAAUCAAAUUGAUUUUAAUAAUGAAAUUGUACCAAUUUGUGUAUUUUAACUUGCAUGUCAAAGUAAAUGUUUCUUAUCAUUGAAAAUGUACGGUGGUUCCCGGGUCUAAUCCAGUGACACACUUUAUGUUUGCCCUACUAAUCAUUUGUCCAAAGAUUAAGAAAUUUGCCUUUUCUCCAGUGGAAAAUUGAAUUAAGUGAUAGGUUUGCACACAGUAGGACACGUCAUGAUUGAUGAAUGAUGUGUUAACUGCAGGGCUUGAUUUGUUCACUUCCAGUCAAGAUCAGUCUAAAAUCAAAGGCUUUCAGGUCUUCAGCUAUUACAUAAGACAUACUAACAUUACAUUUUGAAAUAGAUUUAUGAAGACAUUUGAUUUAUUUAUUUAAACAUUUUGUUACUUUCUUAUACGUUUGUUGUGGUUUUAAGAACUAUAAUGGUGAUUUUCAUAAUCAGUUUUAAGGUUAGUUCAUGCUUGUUAAGACAAUUUUGCAAAAGGACAAAACUAGUUUCAUGUAAACCUGCAGGACUUCAGAAAGAGGACUAGUUACUCUGUGCCAAAACGUAACAGCCAGUCUGGAUGAAACCUACAGCGUUGUGCCUCCUAAACAACUGCACAGAACUGCAGGGCGUCCAGCAGCACUGCCUUGUACAGAAUAUGAAAACCCAAACUGAUUCCUCACAGAGUGGGUUUGAAAAUGGUUGCGUCUUUGUGAAUGUAUGCAAAUGAUUGACAUUCAGAAUGCACAUUGUACAUUCUGCCAUUACUGACAGUGUGUACAACAAAUAGUUUGUCUUGGUCAGUGGGGAGAAAUCAACUAAACUCUGAAGUGGGAGUUUGAUUUACUUGAAUCAGUACACAACAAUGCAGGCUUUAUGAUUCAAGCUCAAAAAAAUGAUCAUUUAUUUGUUCUUGUUGGGCUGAAACCAAAGUGUGAGCUUUCCUUAGUUUUUUUAUGCUACGUAAUUCAAAACUUUAAACACUAAAGAUGAUCAAAGCACAUUAAGUUGGAUUGCAAGUUCUAAAAUUAAUUUCAUUUUAUGAAGUUACUUUUCCAACUGAGCUCCAAGUGCAGUUCAAUUUUUUUUUUUUUUUUUUAAAAAUGAGGAUGUUUAUGAUGACAUGGUAAUCAAGACUAGAGUGGCCUCAAUGCCUGGUUUUACAAUUAUUUUACUGUAUCACAGAUUAUCUUUGGUAUGUUAAGGACAGAGUGUCAAUAAUUGAGUCAAUGAGUCAAUAAUUUACAGUCUUUUGUCGGUACUGUUUAUCCAGGUUUUAUGAGUGAAACAGCAAUAUUUGGUGUUUCAUUUGUGAAUGUAAGGGACAGAAAAGGUCAAAAGGGAAUGUGGUUUAUUUGCAACACUAUUGGUGUGAAUAUAUUCUCACAUAUUUGGCGGAAGGGAAAGAAACCAGAGUGAAACAAACAGUCUGCAGCAUUGCACCAUGUGACCAGUACAGAAACUUUACAGCUGCUGCGUUUUAUUUCAUUGAUAUGUUGCAGAUCUUUCGUGCAAUCAUCGCUGGAAUACAGUGUUCUUCUGGUUUGGAGUUGAAGCAUUUGUGUCAAAUAUUUUGCUUUUGAUUUCUUUUAUCCUUUUGGUGCUGCAGACAGUUCAUCUGGGUCACAUGACUGAAUGUCAGCUGCUUUUGCUGCAUUUAUGAUCUGUCACUCAUUUACUCUGUUUUUUUUAGGUCAAACAUUUUUCCUGUCAUAAAUGUGUCUGUUGUCUUUCACAGAAUGGUGACUUGCAAACAUAAAGGUUCAUGACAAAAAAAUUAACAGAACUACUUGUGAUAUUUCAAUAAAAUCAACUACGAUCAAGACGUGAAUAAAUCACAAUCCGUGUGUCACUGACAGAUCAAUGAAACAUUUAAUAAAAAGAGAAAUGCAAGCAAGAUUACA